AUGAAUGAGUUAGCACGGGCUGAAAUCACUAAAUCAACCAAUGUUGACCCUCUUGAAUCAGACAUGGCACGCAAUAAUCUUUACCAGACUGAUCACCCAUAUAGUAUAACAGCGAAGAUCACGGCGAACAAGUCUAAGAUGAAGCUAUUGCAAGGACCCUUCGCGAAAGCAUACACUUUACUAAAUGAAGAACAAUGUGAUUUCUUGCGCAAAUUGUACCUCGAACUCGAAGAUGAUCCACUUCAUCCUCUCUUUGCCGAUGAUGUAUUCCCUAAAGUUCAACAGACUUUGGAAUAUCUGUCUAUUUGUCCGAAAAGACGGAAUGAGUUGUUGUCAUCUCUACAACAACUAAUGAGCGAGCGUCCCUCUGCCAAACCUGACAAGGAUGUUCACGCUGAACAUAUUCGGUCAAAUUCGAACAAAAGGGAGAUUACCAGCGCAUGUACCGUACCGUCCGAUAGCCCAAAGAAACGGCAUCGUAAAUGUUCAGACCCCAACAUAAAGCGUAAGUAUGGCGAAUGGAUACUAAAUUUCCAACAGGAACAUCAAGUGUACGCUGCGCGUGAGAUCGAAGAACUGGAUGUUAAGGAGCUGGCAGCUACCAAUAAGCCUCUUUCACAGGAGCCUUAUGAUCCAACCGCACUUUCAUUCUUCAUAAGUGAAGACCAAUGGCAGUCACUCCCAAUUUCGGAUUAUGAGUUAACAGCUAAUACCUACUAUGCCGGAGAUGGUUUUUCCCUGUCGACCGAUGAUGCAAAAU